GGCCACGCCUGGUCCCGGCCGCGACUGACUGACCUGGACCUGCCACCCACGCGCCGUACCAACGCAAAAGCUCAGAUCAACCGAACCGGCACCGGAAUAGUCGUCCGUCCCCGCGGGGAGAGUCGCACGCACGGCCCGGCCUCUCGCGUCGCGGUGUCGGCGCCUCGUCGCGCAGACCGCAACCGCGCAGCUAGAGCAGAUCCCCCCGCCGCGCCGCGUCGUCUCGCUCUCAUCUCCUCCCCCAAAAAGCCGGAAGAGAGAGAGAGAGAGAGAGAGAGAGAGAGAAUAAUUCGAACGCGGCAUCGCGCUGGUGAGUGUGAGAGUGAGAUCGAUGGCGGCGGCGUCCAUCUCGCGGAGCCUCCUCCGCCGAUCCCGCUGCGGCGGCGGGGAGCACCACCUCCUCCUGCUGGCGCGCGGCUUCGUCACGGCGGAGUGCCACCGCCCCGUCGUGCUCCACAAGCGCGGCUCCGACAUCCUCCACGACCCAUGGUUCAACCGGGGCACGGGGUUCUCGAUGACGGAGAGGGACCGCCUCGGCCUCCGCGGCCUGCUCCCGCCCAACGUCGUCUCCUCCCAGCAGCAGAUCGACCGAUUCAUGCUUGACAUGCAACGGCUGCAGAAAUAUGCGAGAGAUGGCCCAUCGGAUACUUACCCGUUAGCAAAAUGGCGUAUCCUUAACAGGCUGCAUGACAGAAAUGAAACAAUGUAUUACAAGGUCUUAAUAGAUAAUAUUGAGGAACAUGCACCUAUUGUUUACACGCCGACUGUUGGACUUGUUUGUCAAAACUAUAGUGGUUUAUUUAGACGGCCUCGGGGAAUGUAUUUUAGUGCAGAAGAUCGUGGGGAAAUGAUGUCCAUGGUGUACAACUGGCCAGCUGACCAGGUUGACAUGAUAGUAGUGACUGAUGGAAGCAGGAUAUUGGGCCUGGGUGAUCUCGGGGUGCAUGGUAUUGGUAUUGCCAUUGGAAAGUUGGAUCUAUAUGUUGCUGCUGCUGGAAUAAAUCCCCAGAGGGUUCUUCCGGUCAUGAUUGAUGUGGGAACAAACAAUGAGAAGCUCCUCAAGGAUCCUCUGUAUCUUGGGUUACAAGAACAUCGUCUGGAGGGGGAAGAAUAUGUAGCGAUUAUCGAUGAAUUUAUGGAAGCGGUUUUCGCUCGCUGGCCGAAUGUUAUUGUACAGUUUGAAGAUUUCCAGAGCAAGUGGGCCUUCAGGUUGUUGCAGCGUUACAGGAAGACUUAUCGGAUGUUUAAUGAUGACGUUCAGGGAACUGCUGGCGUUGCUAUAGCUGGUCUCUUAGGAGCUGUAAGAGCACAAGGAAGGCCAAUGUUAGAUUUCCCAAAGCAAAAGAUUGUUGUUGCAGGGGCUGGCAGUGCUGGGAUUGGUGUUGUGAAUGCUGCAAGCCGGACUAUGGCAAGGAUGCUGGGAAACAAUGAGGUUGCUUUUGAGAGUGCCAGGAGUCAAUUCUGGAUAGUCGAUGCCCAUGGUCUAAUAACAGAGGAGCGCACAAACAUUGACCCAGAUGCACGGCCUUUUGCUAGGAGAAAGAGUGAACUAGGUCACCAAGGCCUAAGUGAAGGGGCGAGCUUGGUUGAAGUGGUUAAAAAGGUGAAGCCUGAUGUCAUACUUGGAUUAUCUGCUGUUGGUGGUUUGUUCUCAAAGGAGGUUUUAGAAGCAUUAAAAGACUCAUCCUCUUCAAGACCAGCAAUUUUCGCGAUGUCAAAUCCAACUAAGAAUGCUGAAUGUACACCUGAAGAAGCCUUUUCAAUUCUUGGUGAAAAGAUCAUCUUUGCCAGUGGAAGCCCAUUUAGUGAUGUGGAUCUUGGUAAUGGAAAGAUUGGCCACUCAAAUCAAGGGAAUAACAUGUAUCUCUUUCCUGGAAUAGGGCUUGGAACCCUUCUAUCUGGAGCACGGGUUAUCUCAGACGGAAUGCUUCAGGCUGCAGCUGAACGCUUGGCUUCGUAUAUGAAAGAAGAGGAAGUUCUCGAAGGGAUAGUAUACCCUCCAAUCUCCAGAAUACGUGAUAUCACCAAGGAGGUGGCAGCAGCAGUUGUGAAGGAAGCUGUUGCAGAGGAUCUAGCUGAGGGAUAUCGUGACAUGGAUGCACGUGAACUUGCAAGACUCAGUGAGGAAGAAACAGUUGAGUAUGUCCAGCAGAACAUGUGGAGUCCAGUUUAUCCAACAAUAGUGUACAAGAAAGACUAGAGCUUUAAUGUCCACGUAUUCUAUUGCUCAUGCCCAAUUCUCUGAAGGCUGCAGUUUGUAUCUUUCAAAAUACUGGCGCUUCUGUUAUGAGAAUCCAAUAUAUUGUUUUCAUGCAACGUCAAGUGUUAGUACACAAUAUUGUCUUGAUUUUAAAAUGGAUCUAAUACUGUUUGGAAGUGUAUAGUAGGCUCCCUAGGUCGAAUGUCGACUUUGCAUUUUAUAUCCACAACUAUUAGGUGCGCAACAAUUGGGACCUGUGUGCCAAUUCUACACAGAUGACUAUAACUUGUAUUUAUGUUUGAACACAUCAAUCAAUAGAAGCCUCAGGUUUACUGGUGGCAGUCUGUUCUUGCUGCCGUCACUGUUA